AUGCUUCGCAAAGUAACUACGGGUCAUUCUUUGCUGGAUGUCGCUCUUCAAUUUAGACUUUCCUUGGAUGUUGAAAGCGAACGUUUGAUUAAUGUUCGGUUUCGUGUUGAAGAUCCAACAGUUGAUCUGUCGAGCGGUGUAUUUGCUGCAUUUGUGAAACAAACCUCCCCAGUAGAAAGUUCUUCUCCUCAGGAGGUCACAGAAGAGAGCGGUCGUCAACAGGCAUUACCCUUUUUGGCUAAUCUGUCAGAUUUAAGCGUUGAAAUGAACAACUGUCUCAUAAAGUACAACGGAGCAUUGGGGCAGGAAAGUCGUACUAUGAGCCUAUCCCUUCGUGGAUUGUCAUUAUCGAAAAAUGGUGAGAAGGGACGAGCGCGUGUAUCUGGACUAACUGUAGAAGAUCAGGGCCAACGUCUGGCACUACGAACUAGUCUUAUCGUACUCUCGCAAGAGGUUCAUCAAUCCGGGAUCAAUGUACAAGUCUCUUCGGAUAGCGUGCAGACAAAACUUUCGAUUGAAGACGUUGUUUGGUGGAAAAUGCAUGCGGAAGAUCAUGUAAUUUCUCUUGUUGGAAGAAGAGUGGGACCAUCCAAAUCAGUGCCCCAGCAUAGCUUACCUAUCAUUUUCGCCAUAGAACUAGCCUCUAUCUCGUGUGAUCUCGUCGAUUUGGACUCAUUUCAGUCGAUUCUCUCAAUGCAAUAUCUCAGUGUCAUAAAGACAGCAGAAGUGCUUGAAGUUGGUGUUGAUUGUUUGUGCAUCUCUGCACCGAAUGUAGAUAUCACAAAUGCGACAUUUGAGCACCACCAGUGGAAUCAUUCGGUGUAUGUAGGUGCAGCACUGGUACAGUGCAAUCUAAGUGAUAAUGCCCGAGGCAUUUUAGUUGGUGUAGAUGACUGUAAAAUUGAAUGGAGCGAUAAACUUGCGUACCAAGUUAAGCAGUUAUUGGAAGUUCUAGCUGCAAGCGAACCGCAUAGUGAGAAGGAUGAUCUUUCUAAGAAGAAAAUCAAUCUAAGAUUGCAAAUGAAGAGACGUAAGUAUGAGCGAGCUGCUGCAUGGGACGAGCGAAGAAAGAAUAACCCAUUCUUGUGCUUUGAAACGAAUGUGCUCUGCCUCACCGUUGAGAUUUUGUCCCCUCUCAUAACUAGCGUAACAUGCUCAUCAAGCUCACCGAUCUAUAUCGUGUGGUCCCCGCUACUACAUCGAAUAAUUUACCAUAUGAGUCAAGUGAUAAUGAGGACUUUCCAGCAACCUAAAUCUGGUAAUGGCUCACUGCAGAAAAGCCGAAAACAGACGCAGUAUCGUGUUCUGACUAACCAUGCUAUCGAACUAAUCUUAGAGUUGCCUAGACAUCACAGGAUGGUAUGGCGGAUACCUUCGUUAACAUUCGAUGCUUCACCAAGCAGUCUCUCCGCUGUUUCACCGAAACUUGUAAUGACUAUGGACAGUAUGGACAUCAUUACUGCAAUUGAUGUCUGCAUCACUAGGCGGAUAUCUGAUAUGCAAAUGGACAGCUAUCGUCGAGGAUUUAAAGAAUUUGAGGCUCUUACAAAUAAGGUGUGGACAUGGUCAGCAGCGUCGUUUCAUUUCUUUCUGCCUUUUGAAUUCAGUUUUGCGCAAGUUUUUGAUGAGUUUGUGAAUGCCAUAAAAUGGAUCAAGGUUGUCCAUGGACUAAAGAAGGAUCCGUUUCCACCUAACGCGCCGCUGCCAUCCGAUAUUCGCGUCAUUUUUAAGGAAGCUCGAAUCGUGCUAGAAGACGAUCCUUUCGAGAGCUUGUUGCAAAUGAGUCACGAGCUGAAAGAGGAUGAGGUGCGCAUAAGAUAAUU